AUGUCAAAACGUUCAAACUCAUUACAACGCAGAAGGUUAUCAAAUACAAAGUUCACUAAUAUGAUAGGAUCUUUGAAUGAACCGAAAUUUGAUGACACAACUAAACUCAACCAUUAUCUAAUGCGAAACAAUUCAACUUUAUGCUUUACUAUUGCUCAACCAAAUACAAUUUCGUCCACCACAGAAAACUCAAAUAACUUUUGCUUCAUCCCAUCUGUUUCUGUAAUAAACCAUACGACUAAUGAUCAUCCAUUUUAUAUGAACCGGUUUCAAACAAUUAAUUUACCGAAAUCAGAGCCAACGAACACAACCUCAGAUAACCUGGACCAUAGAGCUCCUAGACCUUCAUUGUCUUCUUAUUCAGAUGUAAAAAUGCAAAAAAUUUAUUUACAUCUAUUAAAUAUUUUCAAUUUAUCUAAAAACCUCGAAGUGACAAAUGGAGAAAUCCUAAGUUCAAGCAGAUAUGAUACAACUGAUGAUGUGACAUGA